AUGGCCGAAAUGGCAACACCCGAAGUUCUCUGGGCCCAGCGCUCGUCGGCCUCGGAUGGCUCCAAGAACUUUGUCUACCUGACCAUCUCCGUCCCCGACGUCCCCAAGGAGGGCCUGCAGCUCGACCUCCAGUCGGACCGGUUGACCUUUUCGGGCACCUCGUCGAGCCUCAAGCGCAAGUACCACGUCGAGCUCGAGUUUUACGCCGAAAUCGACACGGCCGAGAGCCAGAUCAACCACACGUCCAAGAACAUCGAGAUGAAGCUGCAGAAGAAGGACCUCAAGGAGGAGUACUGGCCUCGGCUCCUCAAGGAGAACAAGAAGCUGCACUUUCUCAAGACCGACUUUGACAAGUGGGUCGACGAGGAUGAGCAGAACGAGGCCCCCGAGGAGGAUUUCUCGCAGUUUGGCGGCAUGGGUACGCGUGCCCCCGGCUCCCCCGCACCGCCUGAGACUGACCCGAGCGUAGGCGGAAUGCCCGGCAUGGGAGGCAUGGGCGGCAUGGGUGGAAUGGGCGGUGACCUUUCCAACAUCGACUUCUCCAAGCUCGGCGGAGGCGCCGGCGGCAUGCCCGACAUGUCCGGCCUCGACUUUGAAGGCUUGGGGAGCGGCUCCGGCAUGCAGGACGAGGCCGACGGCGACGACGAGGACGAGAUGCCUGCUCUCGAGGGCGAGGGCAAGGAGGCAGAGGCCAAGGCCUAA